AUGUUAUUACAUGAUAGUUUUUUCUUUUCUUCACAACGAUAUAUAAAUGAAACACAUUAUAGUCCAAUAACUAUAAUACAUUCACCAUUUUUUCAUUCAACAUUAACAUUAAUUAUAAGUAUAUUUGGUACUUGUUCAAAUUUAAUUUGUAUGUUAUAUCUUUCUUAUAUUAUUUCACAAUAUAAACAACGAAAAUUAAAUAGAAAUAAUAUAGAACAACAAAAAUCUAUUCAUAUACUUUCAAAUAAAAAAUAUCGAUAUUUAUUAAUUUUAACAAGUAAUGAUUUUUUAUUAUGUUUAUCAUCAAUAAUAAGUUGUAUUGAUGAAAAAUAUUAUUUACAAUCAUUAGUACCACGUUUUCAUUUAUGUUCAUUUCAUAUAUUAAUAUGGAAAUUUACACUUCAUUUUAUUCCUUUAUUAACAAUAUUUAUUUUAUUUCGUUAUCAUUAUAUAUUAAAUAAAAAAUUUCCAUCAAAAAUUUUUAAAACAACAACAUUUAAUCAAUUAUUUUUUACGGAUUUAUGUAUAUUAAUACCAUUUGUAAUAGCACUUGCAUGGUCGGUUGAUAGUUUAUGGUUAUGGGGUGAAACAAAUAUAAGUAAUUUUAUUUUACCACCGGUAAUUGAUGAUUCAUUAAAUCAAACAAACGAAAUAUUUGCACCUCUAUCAACGAAUAAAACUCUUCAUCAAUCAUAUAUUAAAUUAGAAGGCUAUAGUAAUAAUGAUAAUGAUUAUCUACCUCAACAAACAAUAAUAUGUUAUUUACAAACAAAUCAUAAUUUUAAAUUUACAGCUCGUCUUUUAUAUUUAAUACAAGCUGAUUUUUUACUUCUUUUUUCAUUACAUUUUAUUGGUUUUAUACUUGAAAUCUUAUUACAUAUACGUUUAUCUUGUUGUUUAAUUGCAAGAAAAAUUUCAUCAUCAUUUGUUCGUGAACAACAAUUAUCACUUUAUAUAUUAUAUAUAUUUAUUUGUUUAACAUUAACAUCACUUCCAUUUUAUUUUUAUCGUACAAUUGAAAUAUUAUUUGAUUCAUUUCUAUCAUCAUAUAAUCAUGAUUUAAUUAAUAGUCGUACAUUUGCUCAAAUAAUUUUAUCUGGUAUAAGUUUUAAACCAGUAUUAUAUUGUAUUUUAUUAUGUCCAUCAAAUAUUUUAUUUAAAUUUAAAUUUUAUACAACAAUUAAAAUUGAAAGUAUUAAUCAAUUAAAUCAUGUUUUUUUAAUUAAUCAUAAAAAACAACAAGAAAAACAUUUACAAAAUUUAAAUCAUGAUCAUUAUUCAUUAAAAUUAUCUUCAUUUUAUCCAAAAAUUCAUAUUAAAUUUCCAUCAUUUAAAAAUCCAAUGAUAACAACUGAUAAUAUACAUACAAAUAUUACCAAUCAAAAUCAAAUUACAUCAAAUGAUAUAAAUGUAUAA